AUGCUUAAAUGUUUUGUUUGUUCUUUUUAUAUAAAGGUAAACUUUAACCGUCAAACUGGUCACUUGCGUAAUCCUGAUGCUGCAUUAACACAGAUCCCAAAUAGCCGUGUAGCUAAAGGUCCUAAUUCUUUAGUCGAGAGGGAAGCAAAGUCCCAAAAUUCCAACACACUUCCUUUAAAUUGUUUAUACGUGGAACAAUCAAAUGGGUAUUUAUAUUUUUUAUAUUUUUCAAACUCAAGUAGAAUACAGGUUGGUUGA